CACACGCCCCACCCCCGUCUCGACCUCACGAUCCAAGCCAACAACAAUUAUACUACGACCCGACACGCCCCCUCCCUCAGUCCCUCUCUUCAUCAAUCUUUCUCCCGUCCCCCAAACCUCUCGAUCUCGGAGCAGCGAUGACUCGCGGCGACCAGAGGGAGCGGGACAGGCAGAGGGCGCAGGCGCGGAAGCCGGGGACCAAGGGCCGCGACGACGGGCUCACGCCGGAGCAGCGACGAGAGAGGGACGCCAAGGCGCUGCAGGAGAAGACCGCAAAGAAGGCGGCGCAGGCCACGCAGGGGGCCGACGACGCCAAGAAGAAGAACGUCGCCGGCAAGAAAUAGUUCGGAUCCGUUCUGUCUGUCUCAUGAAUUGUCAUGAAGUGGAGAGAUGUUCUGAUGUAGAAUUUCUGUGCGAUGUGGUUGCGCUCGGCUUGUAGCACAAUUCUUUCGGCGCCUCCAGAUCAGGCCCCUGUUGUUGAUGCGUAAUUCGUGGAUCUUCAAUGCAAUGAGAUUAAUUUGGUCGUUA